ACUGCAUAAUUAGAAAGAAGUUGUUCCGCUUCCUCGAGAAGGGGGAGAACGUAGGAUGUUCUAGUAGGUCGACGAAGAACGUUGUUAAUCGUCUCGAAAGACCUCGACAAGGUCACCCCGGCAUCACCCUGGCUAACGACCUGUCCGGAGGUACCGGGGGUCCCGGUUCAGGCGGCGUCGGUUCCGUCGGUGGCACCUCCGUCGGCGGAGGUGGUGGCGGCGGUUCGUCUCUGCCGACCACCGCCUUGAGCCUCGAUCAUCAACAGUUCAACAUAUUCCCGGCGAUCUUCAGCCGUCAGUUGAACUUUUCCGCGGCGGCUGCCGCCAACUGCGGUCAGAACAAGCUGAUGGACGAGUUAAGGCCGAACCUUGGAUUGCUCGGCGUCGGCCUCGUCGAGAACGAAAGCUUUCAUCUGAAUCAUAAUCAAGAGAAGAGAAAGUGUAGCAGCACCAGCUCGAACGAGCAAGAUUUUAGCCUGUACGGGGUACAUCAGGGACUUGAAGCCAGCCCGCCAACGCCCGCCGCAACGCCCGGAAGGAGCAGCGUCGGGGCGACUUCCACCGUUGGGGCGGAAGGGGCUUUCAAAAAGUUAAAACCCGACCCUUGUGCUUCGAGUCCUCACAUCGGUCAUACUCCUACCACCGCCAGUUGUCCAACGCCUGCUCGACGACGGCACAGGACUACUUUCACACAGGAGCAGCUGGCAGAAUUGGAAUCGGCAUUCGCAAAAUCUCAUUAUCCGGACAUAUACUGCAGGGAGGAAUUGGCGCGGUCCACCAAAUUGAACGAAGCCAGAAUUCAGGUCUGGUUCCAGAACAGAAGGGCGAAAUAUAGGAAACAAGAAAAACAACUGCAGAAGGCAUUGACUCCAAUUCCGGCUUGCCAAGGUGCCAUGAUGAGGAAUAUCUAUCCUGGUGCCAGCAGAGGAUAUCAGCCGUACCCUCACCCUCACAAUAGCAUAAAUGGAAUAAAUCGCUAUCCUCAGAUGGGCACAACGUCCUAUCCAAGUAUGACCCAACCAUUCUCUAUGUCACAUUCAGCGUCGAAUAUGUCUGCAGUUACCGGUAUGAGACAAGAUGCAAUGGGAAUGUCAGCCGAGGACGAAUGGUACAACAAGAGUAUCUCUGCUCUGAGAAUGAAUACAGCUCAUCACCCUAAUUUAGCUGCUCCGAUGCUGCAAUAUCAAACAUAA